CGACCACCCCACUUUCGUCAUCUUCAAAACUCAACUAUCUGCAUUCAACCACUUUUCAGUGCUGAUAUCACAGCGAAGCGACUUAAGACGGUACACUGAACCAAAAUGGCGAUCAUCCACGUCGUCCAGUUCCAAUUCAAACCCAGCACCAGCCCGGAAGUCAUCAAAGACACAUGUACCCGCAUGCUCAAUCUCAGGGAUAAUUGCAUCCACCCGACAACACAAAAGCCUUACAUCAAGGCUUCCGCCGGGGGAAAGGACAACUCGAUUGAGGGAAUGCAGAACGGCAUCACGCAUGUCUUUGUGGUUGAGUUUGAGAACGAGGCCGAUCGGGAGUAUUAUGUGCGGAAGGACCCAGCGCACCAGGCGUUUGUGAAGAGUCUGGAUGGGGUAAUUGAGAAGGCGCAGGUGGUUGAUUUCACACCUGGUGUAUUCUGAACGAGUCAUUGGCUGUUUUAGCGUUGUAGGUCAGUCUUUGAGAAGUACAUAGAUUCAGGCUUGGUUGAUCAGAUCAAUGGGAAUGCC